AUGUCUUUAACCAUCAUCUUCCUUGUCAUUAUGUUCAUAUUUGUUGGUAGGGUUCUAUACAAGAAAUCUACAAGCCGCUCAUCGUGUCCAUUACCACCUGGUCCAACACCUUUGCCGUUUUUUGGAUGCGCUAUCCAAAUGCUCCUAAAUAAACCGACUUUCCGGUGGAUUGAUAAGCUUAUGGACCAGUUUGACACCCCAAUCCUUUGCCUCCGUUUAGGGCCAUCAACCCACGUCAUUGUGGUUUCAUCGCCAGACAUAGCAUGUGAGUUCCUCAAGAAACAAGAUGAAAUAUUCAUGUCAAGGCCUGAUGUCCUUUCAGCCUAUCUAAUAAGUGGUGGAUACCGCACUGCAGUCAUGUCCCCGUAUGGAGAACAAUGGAGGAAGAUGAAAAGAGUUAUAAAUCGGGAUAUUCUUUCACCACCAAUACAAAAAUGGCUUCAACCUAAACGUGACGAAGAAGCUGAUCAAGUUCUCAGGUACAUAUGUAACCAAAUAGAGAAACAAGACUCUAUAGUUGAUGGCGCGUCAAUAAACGUUCGUGCUCUGAGCCAACAUUUCUUUGCAAAUACAAUGAGGAAUAUUAUUUUCGGGAAACGAUUCUUUGGGCAAGGAACUGAAGAUGGAGGGCCAGGUGAAGAAGAAACUGAACAUGUUGCUGCACUUUUUGUCUUGCUCAAGUACCUUUAUGCGUUUUGUAUCACUGAUUACUUCCCAUGGUUAAGAGGGAAGACAGACUUUGAUGGACAUGAAAAGAUAAUUCGGACUGCAAUCGAAAAUGUUCGAAAGUAUCAUGAUCCAUUGGUCGAUGAACGCAUUCAAAUGUGGAACAAUGGAGAUAGAAAGGAAAAAUCUGAUAUACUUGAUGUUCUUAUCACACUUGAAAAUCCUAAGCUUACGCCAGAGGAGAUUAAAGCCGAAAUUGUUGAACUAAUGAUGGCCACAAUUGAUAACACGUAUAAUGCGGUAGAAUGGACGAUUGGUGAGAUGAUCAAUGAACCUAUGAUCCUGAAGAGAGCAGUUGAGGAGUUGGAGCAUAUAGUAGGUCACCAAAGGCUAGUCGAAGAGCAUGAUGUACCCCAACUCAAUUACAUAAAGGCAUGCAUCAAGGAAGCUUUUAGGUUGCACCCGUUUGUAUCUUUUCUUCCGCCACAUGUUUCUAUGAUGGAUACUACAGUUGCUGGUUACUUCAUACCUAAGGGUAGCCAUGUUAUACUGAGUCGAUAUGGGGUAGGAAGGAAUCCCAAUGUGUGGGCAGACCCGUUGCGCUUUAACCCAGAUCGACAUCUACAUGGGGAAGAAAAACAUGUGGUUCUUUCAGAUAAUAACCUUAGGUUGAUCUCAUUUAGCACGGGGAAACGUGGUUGUCCUGGAAUAAUGUUAGGCACAAUCAUGACUACAAUGUUGUUAGCAAGGAUGGUCCAGGGUUUCACCUGGGAGGCACCGGAUAAUGAGCGAUCAGUUGAGCUUGUUGAAAGUCACGAUGACAUUUGCUUGGCUACACCGCUUGUGGCAAUUGCUAAGCCACGGUUGCCAGGGUACAUGUACCCUACAUAUUAA